AUGAAAUAUAUCCUGCCUGAACAUCACGAACGAACCGCCAUGGAAACGGACACCCCCGGAAAAGAUCCCCGCUCAAAGCUCGCCGACAGUAUUCUUGACGCUGGGAAGCGGGCAUUUGACCCCUCUGCUGACCCCGCUUCGAAGGAAGCCGCCCAAAGAGAGUUCCAGCAACUUAUCGAUGGGAAUGGAUCUUGGAAUUUGCUGCUCGUCUUGAACGCCUUGAUUAAGCCCAACGUUGUGCCACAAUGGCUCCGUCCCGAACUGAUGAAGAUUUUGACCCUGAUUCCUUUACGACCUGACGGUGUUCGAGGAACGAUGGAGUUCAUUUUUUCCGUACAUCCUAGCAGCACUCUCAAGGCCUCUGAGGCCGCAGCUCCUCAAAAAAGGGGCGCGAAUAUUACGCAGGAAGCUAUGGCUGUUGUUACUCGAAUUUUGACUUCGCCUCCCACCACUGUGCCGCCGGAAGAAUGGUUCUCGAUAAUUGAGCCCCAGCUCACUGUGCUAUUAGACGGAAAGGAGGGCCAAGAACUUAUUACCGCCGCGGCUCAGAUCAUUAUGUUUGGCGUCUUGGGAAGGAAGCAAUUUGGCGCACCCGGAUCUCCUGGCUGGAACGUAUUUGUUGAGCCGUUAUUGUGUAACUUGAACCCAUCCCGAAAGGGUAUUUCCACACCAGUGAUCAAACAAGAAGCUGUCGAUGUUGUUGAUCUGAGUGGGAAAAGUGUUCUUGUCACUGCCGAACAUCUGUUUGUGACCUUUAAACGUUUGUCGUCUCUAAUCAACUCGACACCUUACCCAGCACAAACCAGGAGAAUGCUUGACCCUGUGCUACCUCAGCUAUGGUCCAUUUCCUGCUGGGGGGAUAUAAGUGCGAGAACAGAGGAGCGAUACUCAAAACCGGCCCGUUCACUGCUCCACACAUUUCUGAAGCUGAGCGCUCCCAUCACCAAGUUGCAUCUAAUCAUUGAAAACCUUGUCUACAAUGGAGAAUCAGCGAAAGAUAAGGUCCAAUGGCAAUACCAGGCCACACCUGACGGGGACCUACAAAUAGGCGCGAUCCCGCUAGGCCAGGCCUCGGAGAUCCCCCAGCUGAAUUGGAGUGAAAUCCAAAAGCGAUCCGAAGCCCUCAUUCGUCUCAUGACUGCAAGCUGCACCUCAGAAGAGAUAUCUUCGUUUUUCUUGGAGCUACUGGGUGGCUGGUUUCAGUCAACGAAUAUUGCCAAGAAGCCAAACAUCUUGUUUCGUUCAGAGGAAAAGGAGCCUCGAAACGAGAUUACCAAGCUCCUGGAGAUUACUGUUCUCCAGAGGAUGUUAGAGCAAAUACCGGAAAAACUUAUAAGUCGCGUGACGCAGGUUCUAGAACUGGCGUGCCAGAUAUUGGACCCUGAAAGCCUCGAAGACCAGCCGGACGAGAUUGUCUCUGUGGCUUUGAGCUUGUUGAAUCUGGUAAUUACCGCAUCAAGCUUUAAAAAGUCAAAUCUCAAGCCCGAAGUCUCUCAGAUACUGGAGUCAUCUCUGGACAAACUCGGUAAAUCCGGACGUCCUGAUGUGUCACCGACUGCGAAGAACCUUGCCCUUCUACUUCAGUAUCGCGAUGCCAUCGACCCAGAGGAGGAAGAUGCAUUUGUGCCCACCGAUAGGCAAGUUGAAGACAGAAAAACAUACAAACUUGCCUUGGAGUACAUCACUCAGGCUGACAAUCCUCCACCGGUCCGUUCCGAGGGCCUUAAUCUCAUAUCUAGAUUGGUGGCUUCGAACAGUUCGAUAUUGGAUAUUCAAUCAACACUUGUACUCCUGUCGUCGUUACUACAAGACAGCGAAGAUUUCAUUAAUCUGCGGGUUAUGAAGCUUUUUGCACAACUCGCAAACAAACACCCCAAGGCAGCCACACAGGAGAUUCUCGAGCACUACUUGGAUGCAAAAGAAACGUCCACGAAUGAUGUCCGUUUACGUUUUGGAGAGGCCUUGCUUCAAGUUAUUCAGCGCCUCGGCGAGACGUUUACUGGUGAUGCUGCAAAAAGGGUGUCCGAGACGCUUUUAUCGAUUGCUGGGAGAAGAGGGUAUCGUCCAAAGACUGAAGCUAAACAGGCCCGGGAGAAACGUCUACAAGAUGUAAAGAAGAAGCAGGCCGAAGACGCCUGGGGAGGCGAUGUACCUGACCUCGGCGACGACGUGACUGAGGAAGAGCAAGCCAAGAACGAGAUUUUGACGCAGAUUGUUGAAGGAUGGGAAAGCAAAAGAGGCAGUGAAGACGUUCGUAUGCGCACAUCUGCGUUGUCCAUCUUCGCCUCCGGAAUAGAGACAAACAUCACCGGAGUUGGCCCCGACCUGGUUUCCAUUGCAGUUGACCUCUGCAUUAACGUUCUCGCCCUCGAAAGGGAACCUGAGAAGGGUAUUUUACGACGAGCAGCCAUCUUGCUAGUUCUAGAGUUUGUCAGAGCCCUUGAUGCCGCGAAGCAGUCAGGAAGACGACUCGGGUUUGGUUUGACUGAUCAAAGCCGGGAAGACAUUAUGAGAACGCUGAGGUAUGUCGCAGUUACGGAUAACGAUGGUCUGGUCCAGCAGCAUGCCCGAGAUGUGAUAGAAAGCCUGGAGAACUGGCAGCUUGCUACCAUGUUACCGUCUUCGGAGAGCUCUGCCACAGAAGCCAGUAUUGGCCGAUUAGCGGGCUUAGCGAUUGACCAGGAUCGAUCUUUGCCUUUCGUCAAUACCAAGCGGCCCAGAAUAGAAGAAAUCGAAUGA